CAGGAUGCAAUGGCGCAGCCCCCCCGGCUGAGCCGCUCUGGUGCCCCCUCACUUUGGGACCCAGCUUCCCCUGCUCCCACCUCAGGCCCCAGGCCUCGACUUUGGGAGGGUCAAGAUGUGCUGGCCAGAUGGACUGAUGGGCUGCUAUACUUGGGCACCAUUAAGAAGGUGGACAGUGCUCGGGAGGUGUGUCUGGUUCAAUUUGAGGACGAUUCCCAGUUUCUGGUUCUAUGGAAGGACAUUAGCCCUGCUGCUCUUCCUGGUGAAGAACUCCUCUGUUGUGUCUGUCGCUCUGAGACUGUGGUCCCUGGGAACCGACUGGUCAGCUGUGAGAAGUGUCGCCAUGCUUAUCACCAGGACUGCCACGUUCCCAGGGCUCCAACCCCUGGAGAAGGAGAGGGCACAUCCUGGGUCUGCCGCCAGUGUGUCUUUGCGAUCGCCACCAAGAGGGGGGGUGCACUGAAGAAGGGCCCUUAUGCCCGGGCUAUGCUGGGUAUGAAGCUCUCUCUGCCAUAUGGACUAAAGGGGCUGGAUUGGGAUGCUGGACAUCUGAGCAACCGACAGCAGAGCUACUGUUACUGUGGUGGCCCUGGGGAAUGGAACUUGAAAAUGCUGCAGUGCCGGAGCUGCCUGCAGUGGUUCCAUGAGGCCUGCACCCAGUGUCUGAGCAAGCCUCUCCUCUACGGGGACAGGUUCUAUGAGUUUGAAUGCUGUGUAUGUCGGGGGGGCCCUGAGAAGGUCCGGAGGCUACAGCUUCGCUGGGUGGAUGUGGCCCAUCUUGUCCUCUAUCACCUCAGCGUUUGCUGUAAGAAGAAGUACUUUGAUUUUGACCGCGAGAUCCUCCCCUUCACCUCCGAGAAUUGGGAUAGUUUGCUCCUGGGGGAGCUUUCAGACACCCCCAAGGGAGAACGUUCUUCCAAGCUCCUCUCUGCUCUCAACAGCCACAAGGACCGUUUUAUUUCAGGGAGGGAGAUUAAGAAGAGGAAAUGUUUGUUUGGUCUCCAUGCUCGGACGCCUCCCCCUGUGGAGCCCCCUACUGGAGAUGGAUCCCCGACCAGCUUCCCUUCAGGGCAGGGCCCUGGGGGAGGGGUCUCACGUCCCCUGGGGAAGCGCCGGAGGCCGGAGCCAGAGCCCCUGAGGAGGAGGCAGAAGGGGAAGGUGGAGGAGCUGGGGCCAUCCUCAGCAGUGCGCAAUCAGCCCGAGCCCCGGGAGCAGAGGGAGCGGGCUCGUCUGCAGAGGGCACUGCAGGCCUCAGUGUCUCCACCGCCCCCCAGUCCUAACCAGAGUUAUCAGGGCAGCAGCGGUUACAACUUCCGGCCCACAGAUGCCCGCUGCCUGCCCAGCAGCCCCAUCCGGAUGUUUGCUUCCUUCCACCCUUCUGCCAGCACUGCAGGGACCUCUGGGGAUGGUGAACCCCCAGACAGGUCACCCCUGGAACUUCACAUUGGUUUCCCUACAGACAUCCCUAAAAGUCUCCCCCACUCAAUGACUGCCUCAUCUUCCUCAGUCCCAGCCCCCUCCCCAGGUCUUUCUCGACGCUCAGCACCCCCUUCCCCUCUGUGCCGUAGUUUGUCUUCUGGGACUGGGGGAGGAGUUCGAGGUGGGGUUGGCUACUUGUCCCGAGGGGACCCCGUCCGGGUCCUUGCUCGGAGAGUACGGCCUGAUGGCUCUGUGCAGUACCUGGUUGAAUGGGGAGGAGGGGGCAUCUUCUGAACAACCUGCUUCUGCCCACCUCCCCAUUCAUACACAUCGGCACUUUUAUACCCUGACCUCUGACCUCACCUACAGCUGGGAUGUACCUGGAGAAACAGGGGGUAGUUAUCCCUACUGCCCAGGCUGGAAUCCAGGUGGGAGGUGGGGAAGAGGCUCUCUCUUCUCUACCCCCUUUAUGAUUCCUGACCACCCCUCCAUCCUUCUUCCCAUUUCCUUUGAUGUAUUUUGUUACAGCUUUUAAAAUAUUUUUUAAAAUUAUUUAAUCCCUGGGGGCAGAGACUGAGGAGGGGGGAUGAUAAGGGAUCCCGUACUCUGUAUGAUUGAAAUAAAGAGAAAUAAACAAA